AUGUGCAAUCUUCGAUGUCUAUUGAGGGUCAUUUCGGUGGGUCAAAACUUAUCAGUUCAGCAACAUCAAAAUUACAUUGUCUAGAAGAAAAAAGAACAGAAUUUAUGUACGAUGAUGGGUUGCAUGAAAAAACAAUUUUUAUGGGUAUUGAAGACGAUCGUUACCACAUAAAAUUAACGCGUACUUGUACCUGUAAUAAAUCUACAGAAACUAAAGACUUAUACUUUUCCACUAACAGUACUUUGAUAAGUGAAGGAGCAAAUAUAUUACUAAUGCGAUAUUUGGCGCUUAUAAAUUAUGAGGGAACAUUAUAUUUUGAAAAUAUUUCCAUAGAUGGAGAUGUUGCUAAAUCCAAUUAUAUAUGCAUUCCUGCUGAACGUAUGAAAUUAGAUGGACAUUUUUUGGAUGUUUAUACAAUCGAACGUAAAAUGUGCAAGGAAGAUGGAACUUUUCAUACCAUAAGAACUUAUUUAACACCGAAAGGUAGGAUACUUCGACAUAAUUGGUUGGAUGUACCAUACAUCUUGAAAAUAAAUCCAUUAGAUGAUCCUAAUAUUCCAAGCAAAACAAUAAGAACAGAAACACCUCUAAAAGAUCGUUGGAGAGAAGAUAUUGAAAUAUUUUCUAAAUAUUUAGAUGUGAAAUUCGCCAAAAUCGCUGAACUAACGGAGUAUUUAGCUGAUCAUCCAGAAAUAAAGCAACUAAUUGCAGAUUAUGUUCAAAUACUAUUAGUUGUAAAACCUGAAAACGUGAUAGACUUUACAAUACAACAUUUUAAAGCGUUUGCGAAAAAUCCAAUGACCUGGGAGACCAGUAUAUUAUGUGAAGAUUAUGACAGCGAUGUACUAUCACAGCUAGCAGAAAAAAAGUCGGAUACUUCGUGUAACAUCUGUGGAUUUUAUAUAGAUCGUACUACAAUGAAAAAAAUUUCCUCGACAUCUUUUACAGGAGAAUAUCAUGAAAUAAAGAGUUCUGAUGAUUGUACAAAAUCUAUUUAUUCAAAAGAUUCGAAUGAUACUACAUCUGAUAUUCAAGAAAAAUUUGAUGUGUCUACUUCAAGAAAUGAAACAUUUAAUGUUCCACUGGAAUUAAAAAGAACUUGCGAUGAAUGUCAAGCAAUUGUUCAAGUUUGUGGCGAACAUAAAUUUUAUUUGAAAUGUCCUGGAUGUCUUAAAGUGUUCAGAAUAUGUACAAAAUGUUCUACUAUUGAUCAAAUAUUACAGAAGUUAAAAUAACAAAACAUAAUUUCAAUAAAUCAUAUUUUAAUUUCAGUAAAUCAUAUUUUAAUUUAUGAGAAAUAUUUUUAAUAUCAAAUUUUACCUGUAUCAUUUUCUGUUAGGUGAUAUAUCUUUUUGGGAAUUACAUAUAACACAAUUUUCCUGAAAAAUAA